AUGGCUUCCAGUUCUAACACGUCUGAGAUUGAAAUUGAGGGUCCAGAAUUGAGGCACCUUGGAUUUGUGAGGACCAUUGGCAUUGGAGUGUUUGUCUGUGCUUGGAGUAUCUAUGACUACGCAAAGAGGAACCAUACGCUUUUAAUGCUCCCUGCUCAAAUGCUGGAGGUCCCUGUGCGGAUUGUUCUUGGUCCUGUGGAUAAACUUGUUCCCACACUCCAUGCUUAUACUCCUAUGUGUGCUAAGCGGCUUGUGAGGCCAUUCAAGGUUAUGGCAGAUAAAGUGAUAAAUAAGGCGGUCAUAGCUGCGAAUGAGGCUCAAGCUAGAGGGCCAGAGUCAGCCGCACGGUAUGUUGCUGCAGAGUUUCAGAAAUUUGUGCUAACAACCAUGGCGAAGUUGUGGGUUUAUUUCAAGCAGUAUCUCCUAAUUCGAGCACUAGUGUACUUGGCCCUUCCUGGAGCUGCUUACACUUGCAGGAGGUAUAACAGAUUCAUCAGGUACUCGACUAGGAGGGGUUAUCCUCUUGUGGGGUAUUUACCUGUUAUCCCCAUCAAUGAGUUAGCUGAGGCUGUUCAUCAGGAAUCACUCAAGUCCUUUGGGAAUAUAGCAGAGUCGCCCCGUUACCAUUCAGAUUGA